GCAGUCUUAACGCGGAGUUAAGACGUGGUGGAGUCCAUUCAAUCAACAUGAGAAACUACGCGGACAAGUUUAAGGUGAUUCUGCUGCUGGGCCUGGCAUUUUCAGCAGCAUGCGUAGCCGAGGAGUCAGCCGACGAGAAAAAAUCGGCAUCUGCUUUACCGAGCGAAGAUAAAUCGAAGCCAAAACGAGGUUUGGAUCUGGGUUACGGGGGAUUCGGGGGCCAUGAUUUCGGGGGCCACGAUUUCGGAGGGCACGACUUCGGCGGCGGCGGCGGCGGCGGUUUCGGAGGCGGCGGCGACACCGUCGGCAUCCACGAGGGACACAUCUCGGCGAUAACGAUAACCAAAGAGAAGAAGGUACACGUCCCGGUUCCCUAUCCCGUCAAGGUUCACGUCGAUCGGCCGUAUCCCGUUCACGUCCCGGCGCCGUACCCCGUCACCGUCGAGAAGCACGUCCCCUAUCCCGUCGAGAAACACGUUCCGUAUCCAGUUAAGGUGCCGGUGAAGGUUCCCUACCCCGUAAAAGUACCCUACAAGGUCCCCUACCCCGUCCACAAGCCAGUUCCGUAUCCCGUGAAAGUGCCCGUCGUCGUCAAGGAGCCCUAUCCGGUAUUCGUUAAGGAGCAUCAUCACCACGAGGGUGGCGAAUUCGGUGGUGGAUACGGCGGCGGAGGAUUCGGGGGAUCCCACGGGUUCGAGUCCUUUGGUCAUCACUAGAUAAUUUCCCUAGAUCGUUCGUUUUACCCCAGAUUUUAUUGGGCACUUUUAUCAAUGCAUGUUUGCGGUUUUUUUUUUCUUGUUUGAACAGAGGAGCAAGGUAAAUGAGAACUGUGUGAAUUUGUGAGGGCAAUGUGUAAGCAAUAUGGCGGUGAGGAUCUGACUGUCGGCGGAUUAGUUUCAGGUCAAUUAUCCCGAUACGAGAGUACUGACAAUUCCGUGCAAGCUGUCGAGUUUUAGUUUUUACACGUGCAACAGAUGUACUGCAAAAAAAACGACAAAAAAAGUUGUUCAAAAUUAAAUAUUACACAGUUCAAGCAACGCCAUAUUUUCAUUACCGACAGAGUCGACUCUCGUUAUUACCAACUUCAACCGUAACAUAUCGUCGACUCAAUCGUGAUCAGAUAUUCCACAAAACAGGGACGAGUUCAAUGCGAGUAAUUUUAAACAAGCUUCACAAAUACUUUCGAAAAGUAUAUGAUCACGAUAAUCCUCUGUCAAAAUCCACCCGCUUUCCACGCAGAUUUGGAAGAGGGAAAAGUCUCCCUGUAAGGAUAAACGGUGUUGUAACGCGAGACGAAUGCGUAAUCAUAUUUCCAGUCACGUUUCUGUUAGGAAUCAUAUUGGCACUCUCAAUGACGCGAAGAAAAAUUUUGCAGCGUAAAAGAUAUAUAUUUUCAUUACAGAAGAAAAUUUUGCGAUUAUUCGCGUACGGUUUACCGCAUCUUUCUAUCACUUUUUGAUAAAUGUAUUUUGAUACGAAUGUACAGGAAAAGGGAAAUUAUUAUGUAAUGUAACUUUGAUUUGCAGACCUCAAAAGUUGAUCCGUAAAUUAUAGAUUAUUUUUUUUACCGCAUUCGAUUCUAAAUUUUGCUCAAUAUUAUUAUUAUAUAUAAGGUCACUGUGAAAUGCGUAUAAAGUGUAAAAUAUCUCUGGAAAAUUCUAUACGAUAUCCUGAUAUUUAUCAUUUUCUUUUUCCACUGAAGUAAAUUUGUCUCGCUUACUGCAUA